AAGCAGGAAUAUAUAGUUUGAUUACAUAGUUUCUUAUAAAUUAACAUAUCACAGUGAAAUAUGGUCUACAAAGUGUGAUAUGGUCUACAAAGGGUUUUUAUAUUACAAUACAAAUUAUGAAACUUCAUGAGUUUAUGUUCACAUUUCAUACCUUAAUCCUUAUUGUGAGUUGCAGGAGGCAAGAUUGUCAUCCAACAUGCACACUGAAUACAUGCUCUGAAUGGGUUAAUAAGUACAAGGAAGUUUCAGACGAUGGAAAUAAAUGGUCAUUUGCAUGUGAAACAAAGUUCAGGUGAAAGCUUUCCGGAUUGAAUGCGAUAGAGCAAGGGAGAGUUUUCUGCCGUAUGCGAUGACCCGCGUCAAAAUAUAAAGUUGUGUAUCAGAACUGGUUUCUCGACAGGGUACUGCGGAAGGCACUGGUGCCGUGUUGUGGACUUGCUGUUAAGGGCAAUUUUCAUGUUUCCUCAUGGACUGGAAUGGAUCACAGAGACAUGGCUCUGCCAUGGGAGUACCCUCCAAAAUCACACCUUGAUAAAGAUGACCAAAAAGGCUACAUAAAAUAAACAGGUUACCCUAGUUACCCUAGUCCACAAGAGUCACUGAGGUUGAGGAGAAGACCCACUAAUGUUGCUGACCAGAGCUCACCUCAGUUUAACUGGAACCCAGAUCGGAAGGAAGAUGAGAAGAGACAAGACCUCAAAGAGCUACCUUUACCCAUGGCACUCAAAAAAUCUAUUUGGCAGGUGCAGCAGAUGAAGAUACCAGCCGUGUCACGCUGGCAGUCCUGGAAGAUGCAGAAGUCAAAAACACUGAAGAGGUUCCGAGAAAGUUCUGGAGGCGCCCUAGCCUAUGUAGCUCUGUGGCGUCGAGUUCUACAAAAGAUAGGGGGACACUUUGGUGGCGGUGUCCAGUCCUACUUCCUGUUUCUGCGCUUCUUGGUGGUGCUGAACUUCCUGUCAUUCCUGUUGAUUGCAUCUUUUGUCCUGGUCCCAAGUAUCGUCUUUCAGUCCCAUAACUCUGGCAACAAUAAUACAGUCAACAUCAGUGCUGGUAAGGAGGAAUGUACAACAUAUGACCCCAAUCCUCAAGGCUUGGUUCAUUUCUAUACCUAUUUCAUCGACUUACUUACUGGAACGGGCUUUAUGGAAUACUCGUACCUCUUCUAUGGUUAUUACAACAACACUGAGGUGAUAACGAAUGACUUCUCGUAUAAUAUUCCCCUCGCGUAUUUGCUCACAGCAGGCUUCUACUUCAUCUUCUGCCUGAUCUGCAUAGUCAUUCGGAUGGGCAGCGCAGUCCGCAUUGCGGUUAAAACGGGGGGCAAGGCGGUGGGAGGCUACAGCACGCUGGUCUUCACGGGCUGGGAUUACGGCCUUCAGGGGGAUCGAGCCGUCAGACUGAAGAAGAACAGCAUACGCUAUCAGCUGCAGGUGGAUCUGGAGGAGGAGCGCAUCAAGCUGAAGGCCGCGUCCCUGACCCUGGCUCAGAUCGUAGGCCUGUAUUCUCUGCGUGCGUUCCUCAACCUCAUCGUCCUCGCGCUCAUCGGCGGGUCUUUCUACGGCAUCUUCCUGGCGACUGAGUUCAGCCAGGGGUAUCAAGGGACAGACUUUGUGAGUCUGGUGGUGGAGUACUUGCCUUCCAUCGUCAUUACGGCAGCCAACUUCCUGGUGCCUUUCCUGUGUGAUCAGAUAGCCCUGCUGGAGAGACACUCCCCCAGCACCACCGUCAUCCUGGCUCUCCUCAGGGCCGUGUUUCUGCGCAUGAUCAGCCUGGGAGUUCUGCUUUUCACCCUGUGGAGCCAGAUCACUUGCAGAACGGCCGAGAGGGGAACGUGUCAGCCCUGCGGAUACAACCACACAUUGUAUCCGUGUUGGGAAACCAGAGUGGGCCAGGAGAUGUACAAACUGGCCAUGUUUGACUUCAUAACUGUCAUUGCUGUUAUGAUACUUGUGGAAUUUCCACGCAGGAUGGUGGUCGAUCACUGCUCUUGUAAGCUGGUGAAGUUUGUGGGGCGCCAGGAAUUUGUUGUUCCUCAGAACGUCUUAGGUCUGGUCUAUGGACAGACAGUGGUGUGGGUUGGUGCCCUGUUCUGUCCACUUCUACCUGUCAUCAACACCGUCAAAUUCGUCAUCAUCUUCUACUGCAAAAGGAUCACUCUGUUUUACAACUGCCGCCCUGCGGACCGAACCUUUCGCUCCACCAGCUCCAACUUCUUCUUCCUUCUGGUGCUCCUCUUCGGCUGGAUGCUGGCCUGUUUGACUCUGAUAUACAGCGUGGCGGUUAUCCAUCCAUCAAUGAGCUGUGGCCCCUUUCUUUCUCUCACGACGAUGUGGAGAGUGGUCCCCAACUCCUUUUACUCACUCUCUGACACCACCCGCGAGUUCCUUCUAUUCAUAGGUUCCCAGGCCUUCUCAGUCCCUCUCUUCAUGCUGUCCUGUGUGGUGCUGGCUUAUGUUGCUGCCCUGGCAUCGGUCUACGGACAGAGUGUUUCACUCCUAAGAGCACAACUUAAAUUGGAAGGACGUGAUAAGAAAUUCUUGGUCAAGCAAAUAGAGGAAUUAAGUUCAGUGACCAAGAGAAGAGAACAGAACUUCUGAGUGAUCUGUUUACCAUAAAAAUGUAAACCUAUGAGACUGUUGCACAUUUGGAAUGACUGCAAAAGCAGGAAUCUCAACAUCUAGAGGGGUGGAAAUCUUGGUUGAGAGAUGUUUUGGCAUGAACAGACAUGAGUAACCCCAAUAUACCUCAGGUUUUACCUGGAUAUAGCCUGGCUACGUCAGGUAGAAAAUUUUCACUUCAACCAAAUGUUGCUGGGAUUUCAUCUGAAUGCCAUUUCACCAAACUUUCACCACAAAAAAAUGUUCACUGGGUUGAUUCAAUGACAAUUUCUCAUUUCACAAAACCACAAAAAGGACAGUAAUGUGAACUAUACCCACUUUCAUAAUCAGAAAUGUGUGUUUCCUAUAACUGUUUUAUUCCAAAAAUAUUAAAGUGGGCAAAUGAACCUUAAAUUUAUCUGGUCCUCGCUUCACUCUUAUUUAAUCUUUUCACACAAUUUCAGUUUAAAUAAAAACAAUAAUUUCAGUUAAAUAGUUUUUUAAAUAGGUUUUUUAUUUUAUUAUUUUAUUUUUUUAACCAUAUGGCGAGAAGUAUCGGCUGAAAAGGUAGCGUUCCUUGGUUGAAAAAUAAAGCUUAAAUUUUAAAUUUAGAAUGCAAUACCUUUAAAUAUAUUUUUCUCUUCCUGGUAAGUCAUUUGGCCAAUCUGUGAUUUUCUGUAACUCUGCUUUUUAUGUUAUUUAGGUCAGUUCAGGAUUAGUCAGGAGCCUAUGUUUGAGCUACAUAUAUGUGGAUGGGAAUUACUGUUAACAGUGCUACUCCUUUUAAAGACCACAAGACCAGAGAAAUCAAGACAAAUUAUUAUUGUUGGAUGUUACAUUGAAUGUAUUUGUUUUGGGUAUGCAUUAUUAAGCCAUAAUGGUCUCAGUGAGGAUUAUGAUUUGAGCUGCUGUCUUGAUGAGAGAUUAAAUAAUGCAGGUUUGGUUGAGUUUCUUGUUAUUUGUGAGGACUCUGUGGGAUUCCAGGGGAUCUUUCUUUAUUUUUCUUUUUUUGCAGAUGUACAAGAGAUUUAAAGAAUUGCUGCCAUUUGUUAAAUUUUUUUUCUACAGAACUGUAUCAUGAAAAUCAUGUAUCAACGGAUUAAAUCCUUAACUUAAAUCCUUACUGAAA